AUGGAUUCUCCUAUUUCUUCUGUUUCUGGAUCUCCGACUGGCCCUAAGUCAGAUCCUCCUACUUUUGCCAAUUAUAUCCUUGCUCCGCUUAGUAUGGAUAAAUUGGAUGGCUCAAACUACGAUUCAUGGUCUUCAGAUCUGAUUCCACCUAAACCUUCUACGUCAUCAGCACUUGUUAUGCCCAAUGUUUCUUCUGAUUUGGGAACUCUGGACACGCUGCUCAAGAACAACGGCACCUUCUCGGAACCCCAACUGGCGACGGUGGCGCGUCAGGUGCUUAGCGGGCUUAGCUACCUCCACGCGCACAAGAUCAUACACCGCGACAUAAAGCCGUCGAACCUUCUUGUGAAUGGGAAGAUGAAGGUGAAGAUCGGCGAUUUCGGUGUGAGCAAGAGGCUUCUUUAUGAGCUAUUAAGGAAACUGGAUGCAGAACUAAAGCAUGAAGUUUUCCAUUGGGCUGCAUAUUAUCUUGAGCAAAGAUUCUUCUGUGGUUAUCCAGUACCUUUGGUGUUAGCUCAGAAUUAG